GCCUCAACAUUUCGACACUUGGGCUUGUGUUUUCUUGCUGUGCUUCUGGGGAUAUAUUCACACAUAUAUCCGCUUUUUUCUGACAUUGGAUGACCGUCGACUCUGAACUAUUUAUGCCUAAAAGCAAAGCGCCUAAGAUGGACGACCUGGACUACAUCCCAGUAGACCUGAGCCCAGAGGAGCGCUCGGAGCUGGAGGACAUCCGCCGGAGGAAGGGCGUCCUGCUGCAGGAGAUCCAGAGGCUGAGGGAGGAGCUGAGGGAGGCGAUUCUGGAGGUGGAGGGCCUGGAGACCAGCACAGAGGGCAGUAAAACUCUACAGAAAAGCCGACACGUGGCGAUGGGGAGGAAGAAGUUCAACAUGGACCCAAAGAAGGGCAUCAUGUUUCUGGUGGAGAACGAGCUGCUCAGACACACACCGGAGGACAUCGCUCAGUUCCUGUACAAAGGAGAAGGGCUCAACAAGACGGCCAUCGGAGACUAUCUCGGAGAACGGGACGACUUCAACAUCAAAGUCCUGCAGGCCUUCGUCGACCUCCACGAGUUCACCGAUCUCAACCUCGUCCAGGCCCUCAGGCAGUUCCUGUGGAGUUUCCGUUUGCCCGGCGAAGCUCAGAAGAUCGACAGAAUGAUGGAGGCCUUUGCUCAGAGAUACUGCCACUGCAACCCAGGCGUCUUCCAGAGCACCGACACGUGUUACGUGCUGUCCUUCGCUAUCAUCAUGCUGAACACGAGCCUCCACAACCCCAACGUGAGGGACAAGCCCGGCGUGGACCGCUUCAUCUCCAUGAACCGGGGCAUCAACGAGGGCGGCGACCUGCCGGAGGAGCUGCUCAGAAACCUGUACGAGAGCAUCAAAAACGAGCCCUUCAAGAUCCCCGAGGACGACGGCAACGACCUGACGCACACCUUCUUCAACCCCGACAGAGAGGGCUGGCUGCUGAAGCUGGGAGGACGAGUGAAAACCUGGAAGCGCCGAUGGUUCAUCCUCACGGAUAACUGCCUUUACUACUUUGAGUACACCACAGAUAAGGAACCUCGAGGCAUCAUUCCUUUGGAAAACCUGAGCAUCCGCGAGGUCGAGGACCCCAGGAAGCCCAACUGCUUCGAGCUCUACAUCCCCAACAACCGCGGCCAGCUGAUCAAGGCCUGUAAGACGGAGGCCGACGGGAGGGUGGUGGAGGGAAACCACAUGGUUUACCGGAUCUCUGCUCCCACACCUGAGGAGAAGGACGAGUGGAUCCACAGCAUCAAGUCUGCCGUCAGCGUCGACCCUUUCUACGAGAUGCUCGCCGCCAGGAAGAAGCGUAUAUCGCUGAAGAAGAAGGAGGAGCAGCCGUAGAUCUGCCUUGGUUCUCCUUCCUGUCUUCCUUUGUUCCUGCUCCUCAACUACCUGUUCAGAAGUUUCGUUAACCCUCCCGCUGUGAGGACUUCCUGCUGUCCCGUGGACCAGACCUUCUGGUUCUGUUAAACACUACGUCGGUCCGGCUUCCCGACUCUGCCGCUCGGCCUCCAGGUGGAGAGCAUCCGGCCACGUUCACACCAGUGCUGAUGGUUUCUGUGGGUUUCCUGUUCGGACGUUUGGUUCACACGUCGUAUCGAAGGAUCUGAAAACGCUGACCGUCGUGAUUUCAGAUGACUGAUUCAUUUAUACAGCACAUUAAGUAAAAUGUACAGAAAAAUAGUAAAACACAGCGACUAAGGAAAAAUAAAACGAGCAAAACUCAGACACGAUGACAGAAAUCAGAGAAUCAGGCGCCAACGAAAUGAGUCUUCAGCAGCAGCUUCACAAGUCUGAGCAGCUCUCAAACGGAAAAGACUCGAACACAUUUAUGUUUUAACCUGAAGCUGAUUUAAAAAGAAACGGCCAAUAGUGACCACAGAAAUAAGUUCUGACCAGCAAACCUUAAAAUCACACGACUGUCGCUCACGCGGUGUCCGACGUUCAGCAUCUGUCUGAUCAUCUGUGUCGCUUCUUUAUUUUAGUGACGAGGUUACAGAUGAAAUAAACUGAUUGCGCUGCUUUAGCAGAGAGACGUGCUGCUCAUGUACAACAUUUAAUCCAUUAUCAGUCCUUCUUGAUCACCAGUAAUCCAGCUCGACCCUGAAACAAGCACCUCGCUCGAUGUUCAUCACCAGCACGCUUUAACAACUUAUUCUAACUUUCCCAGCUUCCAAGGACAAAGUUGUUGUUUUUCUGUAUCUGUAGCUCGGCUGGUUUAGUUUUUAGCUCCUUGUUCUCCGUUUAUUACAGUUAAUGAAGCUUAAAGCGCCAACUUCCUGCUUUACUCGCUGCAAAGACAUUCAUUCAUACAUUUUUGCAGCAUUUCAAACCUUCACUUUAAAUGAACUUGCAUGGAAACGGCUCGCUUUAGCCGCGUAGAAACCCUGAAAGGAAGAAAAAGUCACUAAAGAGAAACACUACAGGCUGCUGAAUUCAUGUCCUCGCGCCUCAGAGAAGAAAACUCGUAUUUCAUCUGCGUUUUAGCUUCAGUUUAGGACCGUGAACUUUCAGAACGUGAGCUUUAUCUGCACUGGUGUGAGCCUGGUCCUGGAUGUUCUGGGCAGCAGGAGCUUCAGCUGUCGGGAAGCCCAACUUUACACUAGAUGUUAGCAGGUUUUCCACUGCAGGAGCUUGUUUUCUCUGAGCGGGUUCAGGCUGCAUCAAACACUUUUAAGGGCCAUUUUCAGGCAAGAAAAAUUGACCUAAAGGUACAUUUGGAGACGACAAAAAGUGUUUCUGUCCUCGUCUGGUUGCAGUUUUCGUCUUGAACCUCCUCCAAUAACCUAAAGCCUCCGUUGUUCUGGUUCCUCUUUGUUUUGCUGCACUUUGAUUUAAGGGAAACAGAAGAAGUGAGAUCAGGCUCCUGCAGUGGAAAAACUCAGAAAUCACAGCGUUUCUUUCUUGAUUGUGCCGAAAAAAAUGUGAAUUCAGUAUUGAGACACUGGUUAAGGGUUUUAGAUUGACUGCUGAGGUUCUGUGAGGGGAAACCUCAUCACUGUAUAUUUACUGACGUUUUUAUCGCCAAGUGACUGUUGGUGUUGGAGGCGGGGCGUUGGCAGCUUCGUGUCUCGGCUCACGAGACCACGUUUCCUUCAGCAUGUUUCCGAACAUGUCCGAGCAAUAGCAGAAGUAGAAAACUAGUCGGGAGGCUUGUUAACGAAUCCUUUAUGACACUAAUACUGAGCAGUCGCCGCCGCCGCCGCCGUCAUGUCCUCUCAGAUGUACGCAUGCCACAGUUCAUCCCCUUCCUGCCGCACCUGUCUCACCUGUCAGAGCCGGUACCGUGAAAUCACAAAGGCAGCUCAUCACGAUGUACACUUUCUGUAAAUAGACGUUAGCAUAUUUGUUUACGACACACAUAGAAAUGAUUUAAUUUAUUCUUUAUCUUUUGUUAAGAUCUGAUUUUUGUACGAGCUACUGUAUUACUGCAUGUGGACGAACGGAGGCCGAUCAUGCUAGUGCACUGAUUCCACGGCGUUAGUGUUCUUUGUUGACUUAGAGAAAUUGCAUUUAACACGGAAGCUGAAUGAUCCUGUUCGAUUGUAGGCUCUUUAUGUUCUCUCCUUAGUUUUUCUCUCUUGAAUCUGACUCGGUAAAGCACAAAGCGGAGCUCAGUGAUUGGCUGUGAAGAAGCUGCAAUUUUCCACGACGGCGAAACAAGGAACACUAACCGACGUCAUUAUGUUAUAGUCAGAAUAUUCAGAUGUAAUGGAUCAGUUUAGACUUGUGUCCAGUGAUAGACUUUUUUGCUUGACAGUUCAUGAACUAGUAGUUUAAUGGAUUGGAUUUUAGAUGGUAGGAAGAAGAACCGUCUACUGCACUUUAUCAAUUCUAGCAUUUUGGAGAAAAUGCUGUUACUCUGACUGACGACACUCUGAGGCCAGUGUUGGACUCACAGCGUCUGCGGGGACGCGGAGGUCUGCGAGGCGUACAUUUUGUCCUCUACAUGUUACCCAACAGCGCCCACGCAUGGAAGACGUAUGCUACUGCACAUGAGCGCAACAGAGUCCUUCAAGCUAGCUAGACAGUGACGGGAUCGAUGUUGGUGCAACAACGUCGUAGCACGAUAGAGGAAACCAGUUCAAGCUACACCCUCCUACAACAGAUACUGGCUGCACCCGGUCGGACCGACGCUUCAUCUGUAGACGUUCAACCCGGACCAACAUGGCCACUCCUUCUGAAACAGUUCCCUGAAUCGUGUCUCUGACAGAACGUGAGGCGAAAUCGGCCGAACUUCUCUUUACAUCGACGGCAGUUAGCUUUUUCUGAGUUUCCAGAGGUCGUGCAGAGAACUGUGGACACAAACUAUAAGACCGGUUGCGCUUUCCAUGGUGUCCACCAGCACACCAGAGUCCAUGUUGGUCAUGAAAGAGACGUAGAUGAGUCCAUGAGGCGAACUAGUAGAGUAUUAAUGUUUUUAGACACGAAUGGAGUCAAAACUAGUUCCAACUUCUUUACAUCUAUAGAAACAUUCACCUGGAGGGAGAUUUCAAAGGAGGAGCGUUGAGCAGGACGCCCUUCGUUAAGCUUAAAUGUCGACUUCCUGCUAAUGAGAAGCCUUCAGUGUGACGCUCCGCCUCUUAAAGCGCGACUCGCUGCUGCCAGAAUGCAUCGCACGGCUUCUUACGUAUAUAUUUGAUGGGACGCAAACUGUAAGACCGACUGGACUUCCCACGGCGUCCACGAGUGUGCAUGACGUAAACUUUGUCACAGUUCACAAAAGCGAAGCUGUAGAUGUGACCUACUGGCCAUUAAUGGAACUGCAUGUCUAAUCGACUAUUAAAAUGUAUGGUUUCUGUUUGACCGAGGAAGACUGAAGGAGUGGUUCUGGUCGCGGUUCUAGGUACAUGUUGGUCAGUCACUCUGUGGAUGGAGCUCAGUGGGCCGACACAGCGCCGGACAUGUGGAGGUUUUAGAGCUUCUCAUUGUGUCUGGGCUCCAUGGAAAGCAGUCGAAGGUCUUCCAGAGUCGACUUUGAAGAUGCUUUAAUUAGAGAAAAACACUCGGUGGACGUUUCUGAAGGCCUGUGACAGUAGCUCCAUGUGAGGGAUUGUUUCUGAGGGGAUCUCUGGAGGUUUCAGAGCUGGACUCAUGGAAAGCAGUCGAAGCUCUUCCAGAGUCCUGCAGCUUCACUUCCAGCUGAUCAGUGAUGACUCAGAACUCGUUAGAUGAUGAAGAACCUCCCCGUCUCUCCUCAGAAUAACUUUCCUGCCACGUGUGCCGUCGACUCGCUCGUAGAAAUUGUGGAUGAUGAAGUGUACGCCUCGCAGACCCGCAGAGAGCAUGACUUUACACUCUUUAGCGCCGUCUAGUGGUAGUGUCUCACACUGCAAUACGCUGAAGGAUGUAAGGACACAGCAGCGCCACCUCCUGGUCGGUUGCAGCAGGUUCUCGCCGCCGCGUCCAGACAGAUCUGGAGUCGCCUUCUCUCUCCCACGUCUUCAUCAGACCCACCGGACUCUACUUCCACGUUUGUGCUUCUGUCUGUAGGCCUUCACUUUCUGGGGAUUCUUGAAGUGCAAAGUUGCCAAAAAUAACUCUAAUUUUAUCCAUUGAAACACGAGAAGAACACUAAAGCGACCCGACUCCUCUCUCCCCAGAGCCGCCACCUCCUUCAGAAGAUGUCUUUAUUUUGUAUUUAUUUAUUUUUGUUGGCUGUGAGGUGAUGACGGAUGAAUCAUCUGUAAAUGUAGCAACAGGAAAACCACGUCGGUGCCAGUAAACUGCUGUGUAACAAUAAACGGUAAACAGAG